AUGCCGGGUCCAGACCCGCCUCGCCCAUGUCUCGAAGGAGCUUUGCCUGUUAGACCUGCAGCACUUCCAUCAUGUGGAGAGCAGAUGCGGCCUGGCCAUCAGCGAUACCAUUCACCCGAAGCCGCCUAUUCCUCCAACUCGUCAGAGGAUGACAUCAUCUCGACCGUGUCACCGGACCCAAAGGAAACCAUGCUGCUAGCACUCGGUAGGGGGCAUUUCUUCCUUUGGACAAAGUCAUGGGUUGACGGCAAGGAGAUAGCAUCGCUGAUGCUUAAGCGGGGGAGCACGGGCAGCUUUCCUCUUGAAAGCGGAGAGGCGAGUGUGCAGCACCGUGAGGGGAAGAAGCUAUCAGUGGGCGCAUCUCGCCUCGUUGAGCCCGGCUUCAGCGUGGGCGGGACCCAGAUAAAUUUGGAGUCUCAACCAGAAAGCGGCAGGGGAAUACGCCAGGCGUUGAAUCCACUGCAAGGUUUGUGUCGACGGCGAGAGGAGACUUUACUCAUGGCCUAUAAGACAGAAGAUCAUAAGACUCAAUACUGCUUUCCUGCUAUUAACUCAUCAUGCAUCAAGACAAAACGCUCCACACAUGUAUACAAUAUCAUGUAUGUGUUUUUUUCAUUGCUGUCAAUAUGGACUGUGUUUCUGAAUCUGCUGGUUAUCAUCUCCAUCUCUCACUUCAAGAAGCUUCACACUCCAACCAACAUGCUCAUUCUCUCUCUGGCUUUGGCAGACCUGCUCAUAGGACUUAUUGUCAUGCCCUUGGAGGCGAUUAGGUUAAUUGAAACAUGUUGGUACUUUGGAGAGACAAUCUGUAGAGUGUUUUCAGUAAUCAUGGGGCUGCUUUUCUCAGCAUCUCUAAGUAAUUUAGUUUUAAUAGCUGUUGACCGUUAUGUGGCUGUGUGUCACCCUCUGCUGUACCCACAGAAAAUUACAGUGACUAGAAUAAUAACUAUUAUCUGUGUUUCCUGGUUCUGCUAUUCAGCUUAUAACAUUUCAGCUUUAACUACCUCACAAACAAAUUCCACAUGUAAAGGAGAAUGUAUAUUUAUGCUUACUUUUGACUGGAAAAUCACUGACCUGUUUGUGUCUUUUCUGUUUCCUUGUACCAUUAUUAUAACUUUAUAUCUGAGAAUUUUCUAUGUCGCACAUCAUCAAGUGAAAGUUAUAAACUCUCUGAUGAGGAGUGGAAAACAUCUAACAGAAGGUUCAGUAAGGAGGAAAUCUGAGAGCAAAGCCGCUCUGACAUUAGGAAUCAUUGUGAUGGUUUAUCUGUUUUGCUGGAUUCCCUUUUACAGCUUAUCUCUAACACCAAACACAAGAAUGACUUCUGUUAUAGCCUGUUUUACUUUAUGGAUGGUGUACAUUAGUUCAGCUCUGAAUCCUCUCAUCUAUGCUAUAUUUUACCCCUGGUUUAGAACGUCAGUUAAAUAUAUCUUAAAUUUAUCCAAACUAUUUAAGCCAUCUUAA